CGAAGGAGCAAGGAGCUGCUCUCUGCCCCUCCUCUGGGUCCCUGUGGGCAGGAGGUGGAGCCGCUCUGCUCUGCUUUUCCAGGCGGGAGAGAGGCUCGACAGCAGCAGAGUUUCAAACCAAGUCCGUAGGACAGGAGUCUCCCCAGGACUCGCGGCUGCUUGGAGGAGAGAGAGAUGCAGCUGGAAUAUCUCCAUCCGGCUGCUGCUUCCCGGUCCAGCCUGCCUCCCCUAUGCGAGGCUGGAGGAAGAGGAGAAGGCAGCCAACUGGCCAUGGCCUUCGGCAGGUACGCAGCCCCAGAGCCGUUCCAGGGGUCCUGUUCGCCGCUGGCCCCCGAAGGGACCAAGCCACCGUACAGCUACAUUGCCCUCAUCACCAUGGCCAUCCAGAGCACCCCAGAGAAGAGGAUCACUCUCAACGGCAUCUACCGCUACAUCACGGCGCGUUUUGGCUACUACCGGGAGAACAAGCAGGGCUGGCAGAACAGCAUCCGCCACAACUUGUCUCUCAACGAGUGCUUCGUCAAGGUGCCGCGGGACGACAAGAAGCCUGGCAAGGGAAACUUCUGGACCCUGGACCCCGACUGCCACAACAUGUUCGAGAACGGCAGCUUCCUGCGGCGGAGACGCCGCUUCACCCGCAAGAGGGGCGCCGAGGGCCACAGGAAGCCGCUGGCCAAAUGCCCGCUGUUCGUGGAGAAAGCCAUCAAAGUAGAAAGUGGUUCCGGUCCUUUGCCGGCUGCUGUGGGUUCAGGGCUGCUCCAGGGUUCCUGCCAAGAGAAAACGCUGCCCUUAGAGGUGCCCGUCGUUGGAGGCCGAAGCCCCGGUGACCCGGCCCUUCCUUGCCAGGAGCACCUGGGCUCCGGAGGCCUGGCCUGUGCCAUGAGCUACCCACCGAGGCAGCCGUGCCUUGCUCCGCCGCAGCAGGUGCCCAAACUUCACCCGUAUGACCGACAGGCCUGCUACCAAGCCCUGCUGGACUGCUCCCAGGCGAAGGAGCCAGCCCUAGAGGGCAUGCAAGCCAGCCCUCUUGGCCAAGUGGGCGACAGGAUGGCGCAGGCACCCGCAGAGGCUAAGGAGCCCCUUCAGGGCAGCCCCAAACCACCUCUGGGGCCUCCCAAGAGCGGGCACGAUGGGAAGGUUUUCGGGCAGCUGGCCCCAACUUUCCUGGGCCCUAGCAAGGCUGCCCAGGCCUGCAGCCGCCAGCCGUCGCCUUUGGAAGGCGAGGCCUAUGCCAAGCCUGCUGUCUUGCCCGUCUUCGGCUCCCUGGGCUACUCGGGAGCCGAUUCCCUGAGCGGGAACUACCAGUGCCGCCUGCAGGCCCUGAACUUCUGCGUCAACGAGCAUGGUGGCUGCAGCACAGCCUUGGAGCACCUUUUGACAACCACCGUGUCCACUGGGUCCUCGGCCACCAGCCAGCCAGCCUCCUUCAUGCCACUUCAAGGGGAGCAGGAAGCCUGGGGCGGGGGGCCCUUCUCCCUCCAAGGCAGCAGCGGGUACCAGCUAAGACUCCCUCACUGUCUCUACAGGACCCCUGGGAUGUUCUUCUUUGAGUGAUGGAGGGGUUCAGGGUGUGUGUUUUGGGACCAGACAGCACUCGCGUCCUCUUCGCCGGGGAACCAGGGCUCAACCCCCCAUGUAAGUUAUUGACUCUUGGCCGGCAGAGCGAAGAAGAGACUCUAAAUUAGCAGAGCCCUCCAGCUUCCAACUGGCAACGCUUUUGUCCCGUCCUGAUAAAAACAGCAACGGCAGCUCCCAGCCGGCGGAUGGAACCUGUGUUUUAUUUUAAGAAGGAAAAAUUGGUUAGCGGAAUAAAUGCACUCCCCACUU